CGGAUAGGCACUAGAAAAAUAGUUGUAAACCAGUUGGCUCUGCUAGUCAAAUAACACAAAAUGUAAACAAUAAAAUGCAAAAUUCUGGUUUAUUUUUAAAUUACUUCGACACAUGUAACGCUUUAGUUCGUUCGUAUUACUACCAGCGUGCCAUAAAAGAUAUAAGCUGCAAGGUUCUGGUGGUGGGCGGUGGCACGGGUGGAUGCAGCGUCGCCUGGAGACUUUCUAAGAAACUUAAUGCUAAAGAUAUUUUACUUCUGGAACCGAACUGGUUGCACUACUACCAGCCGUCAUUCACGUUAGUAGCAGCGGGACUUGCUGAUAUAACACAAAGUAGGAAACCCUUUAAGGAUGUAGUGCCUCCCGACGUGAAAUGGCUGAAGGACGAAGCGACACAGUUCGACCCCCGUAACAACACCGUCGAUACCGCCUGUGGGCUCAGAGUCCAUUACGAUUUGAUGGUCAUUGCUGUGGGCUUGAAGAAUGAUUAUCAUAAAAUUCCAGGUCUAAAGCGCCUGCUCGACGACCCCGUAUCGCCGGUGAGCACGAUAUACUCCCCGGAUUACUGCAGCAAAUGCUGGUGCAACCUGCAGCACUUCCAGGGUGGCCAUGCUGUGUUCACGUUCCCUAAGCAGGCCGGGAAGUGCUCGGGGGCUGCACAGAAGAUAAUGUACCUCGCUCACGACUACUGGACGCGGAAGAAGAUACAGCAUUGUACGAGUAUAAGUUACGCCACGGCUGCACAGGCGUUGUUCGGUGUGCCGAAGUAUGCAGCUAGCUUGGUUAAAGUAGCUCAACAACGAGACAUAGCUGUUAACUAUAGCCUGGAGCUAGUGGAAGUGACGCCGAAACAUGCUGUAUUUACCGGCUGUGGGGAUCAGACCACUACCCUGCCUUACAAGUUGCUGCACGUGACUCCGCCCAUGUCUCCCCCGGCCUGCCUCUCCACCUCCGAUCUGGUCAGCGACGGCUACCUGUCCGUCGACAAGCACACGCUGCAGCACGUCAGAUACCCCGACGUGUUCGGUCUCGGAGACUGCACAUCCACGCCCAACAGCAAGACUGCUGCUGCAGCGGCUGUACAAAGCAGCGUCGUAUCACGGAACGUGGUCAGCAAACUGAACGGCCGUCAGCUCAGCGCGCGGUACUCCGGGUACGGGGCGUGUCCCAUCCUCACCUCGUACAAGGGAGGUAUCAUCGCAGAGUUCGAGUACGACAAGAAGAUUUGCGAGACGUUCCCUUUCGAUCAGAGUAAAGAAAGCCGCUUAUGCUAUUAUUUACAAAAGAAUAUAUUUCCAAUAUUGUACUGGGAGGGUAUUGUCAAAGGAAAGUGGAGCGGCCCCGCGGUCCUUCGUAAGAUAUUCCACCCUUUUGGCAAAUGAAAUCAAGUGUUUAUAUAAAAUUAUUUAUUAUCAAUAAAUAAAACUGUACAACUUAGCUUUCUA